CCCGGCAGGGCAGGGCAGGGCAGGGGCGGCUCCCGGGGUCGCGGUCCCGGGGCUGCCAGGCCGGGCUGUGCUCCCAGUACCUCGCGGAGGUCCCGGUGCGCGCUCGGGGCUGGGUCUCUGCAGGCGCUGCCGCCCCCGGAGGAGAGCGGAGACAGAGGGAGCGGCAGCGGGACUGAGCUGUUCCCAGGGAGCGGUCACAGCCCCGAGGCUGCCAGAGUUCCAGGAGCAUUGGGACACCGCUCUCAGGCACUGGACCCACAGAAAUGGGGAACACCAGCAGCGAGCGAGCGGGGCUGGAGCGCCAUGGGCACAAAGCCACCCGAGGGGACUGCUCAGGGGGAGCCAUCAGUACCAAGGAGGGGGACAGACCCAAAAUCCUCAUGGACAGUCCUGAAGAUGCAGACCUGUUCCAUCCAGAGGAAAUGAAGGCUCCAUUGGAGAAAGAAGAAUUUCUGGCUUGGCAGCAGGACCUGGAGGUGAAUGACAAAACCCCCACUCAAGCUCGGCCAACAGUCUUCCGCUGGACUGGAGGAGGGAAAGAGGUUUAUUUGUCAGGGUCCUUCAACAACUGGGGUAAAAUUCCUCUGACAAGGAGUCACAAUAACUUUGUGGCAAUCCUGGACCUGCCAGAAGGAGAGCACCAGUACAAGUUCCUCGUGGAUGGGCAGUGGACACAUGAUCCUGCAGAGCCAGUAGUAACCAGCCAGCUGGGUACUGUCAACAACAUCAUCCAGGUGAAGAAAACUGACUUUGAAGUGUUCGAUGCUUUGAUGGUGGACUCCCAAAAAUGUUCAGACAUGUCUGAGCUGUCCAGUUCCCCCCCAGGACCGUACCACCAGGAGCCCUAUGUCUGCAAGGCAGAGGAGCGCUUUAAAUCCCCACCCAUUCUCCCCCCUCACCUGUUGCAGGUCAUCCUGAACAAGGACACAGGCAUUUCUUGCGACCCCGCUCUGCUCCCUGAGCCCAACCAUGUCAUGCUGAACCACCUGUAUGCACUUUCCAUCAAGGAUGGAGUGAUGGUGCUCAGUGCUACACACCGUUACAAGAAGAAAUACGUGACCACUUUGCUGUACAAGCCAAUAUGAGCAUCACAGUCAUUUGUGACCAAUUGUUCUGGGCCAGUGCAGUCUCAGAAAAAAAAUGCUUCACUUAACCAAAUGUACUUCUGCUCUGUGCUGUAGCAAACAAACUCUGAUUUCAUAUUUUUCCUGAGACUUCCAGGUUCUCCUGUAUUUGCCUUAUUUUGUUAGCCCCGCCGUGGAAGUUCUUGGAAAUGGCAGCUUCACAGCAACCAGACAGGUGGCAAAGGUGUCAGUGCCCCUUGUCAGCUGAGUUAAAAAAACACCAAUUUAAUUAGGCUGAAUAAUGUCAGGGCAGCAACAGAUCCAAGAGCUUUAGCAGCGAGGCAGACUGGGAGUCUGCCAGCCCAAAGUCUGGAAAGUUCAGGAUUCUUGGGGAAUCUGAUUUGAGCAUAACACUCAGUAAAAGCAAGCUCAUUACUGUUUCCAUUGCUCAGCAAACACUCUUUCAGUAGCAAGUUCCAAACUUGCCUGGCUGAAGUAAGUGUGAAUGUUGAUGAUUAUUUUGUAGCAGCCUUUCCUGGGCAAAAUCAGCAACAUAACAAUCACUACAAGCUCGUUAUUAUUUUACGGUAGAGUGGGGUGCACUGUUUCUACUGUGAAUAGCUCUGUAGUUUUUUCUCUUCAUGAGAACUGAAAUACAUCUUUUCCCCUGUGGAAUUUCUGGUAAAGACAACUGUUUUUAAUGGCUGGAUUUUUCUGUAAAUCAUAAUUGUGUCUUGCAGCAAUCUGCUUUUGGUUUCUCUUGCUGUCACUGAUGAGGACUUCCUUAAGCUGAGAGAGGAAGGAGAUGGAUGGAUUCAGUUUAGGGAUGAGUUCCUCAGUGACAGCCUGAGGGUGACUGUCAGUCUCCUGUGUCCAGUGGCCAAAUUCACCCCUCAGUGUCAGCAGAGUGCUGGAUACAGCACCCUCUGUGCCCAGGGCUGGAGCCGGGCAACUUUUUAUUCUGUUUCUGUAUUCUCAGUGAUUCUAGUAAUGCCAGGCUGCCUGUCCUUGGUGCUGACAGCCUGUUUUAUCCCAAAACAAAUGCAACAUUAAUGCAAACCUGCUGCCAGUGUGCUUGUUUUGGUGCCUGGGGCACCGUGACCGUGCCAAUGAUAAGCAGCCCCUCCCACUGUGGGGGAAAGCACUUUGCACAAGUCUGUGGGGACUCUGGGUGGGGACAGGGCUGCAGCAGCCAGCCUGGGGUGAGCCACAGUGGGAGGUGCCUUGCCAUCCUGGGGUCUGUUCACCGGCCUUGUUGCAGUAUCUUCAGUAGCUGAGUAGAUCUGGGUCUAGUGCAAUGGUUUUCUCUGAAAACUCCUUCUUCAUUCUGUGCUAUGGAUAGUAUUUAGUAUUCUGAACUACAGAAUUGCUUGUUUUCAACCUCUUUAGAAACAAAUAAAACAUUUUCAAGAGA